UCAUAUGACGUCUGGCUUCAGCGCGAGAGAAAGAGGAUCAACACGGGCACAAAUUCGCCGACAACAGCGACAAACUCCCGCCGGGUUCUCUUCGGUUGCACCGGGCACCGUCCUCCGCUGCUCCGAUCUGCGUGGCUUGGCAGCGGUUCCUCGUGGCAUGACGACCACUAACAAAGGAAACAAGGCCUUGAAGGUGAAGAGGGAGCCCGGCGAGAACGGGACGAGCCUGACGGACGAUGAGCUGGUGUCCAUGUCGGUCCGAGAGCUCAACCAGCACCUGCGCGGCCUGACCAAAGAUGAGAUCCUUCAGCUGAAGCAGCGCCGGCGGACGCUGAAGAACCGGGGCUACGCCGCCAGCUGCCGCGUCAAGCGCGUCACGCAGAAGGAGGAGCUUGAGAGGCAGAAGGCGGAGCUUCAGCAGGAAGUGGAGAAGCUGGCUUCAGAGAACGCCAGCAUGAAAGUGGAGCUGGACGCGCUGCGCUCCAAAUACGAGGCUCUGCAGAGCUUCGCCAGAACUGUGGCCCGAGGGCCCGUGGCCCCGGUUUGUAAUGCGGCCGUCCCCGUCUCCCCCCGCGGGCCCUUGGCCUCCGUCAUCGGGCCCCUCAUUCCCGGGAAGGUGGGAGCCACCAGUGUUAUCACAAUAGUUAAAUCGAAAACCAAUGCGAGGUCUUAGUAGCGCACAGAGAGCAAGGGUUGGUCAGUGCAUGAGGGUUUAGGUGCGGGACGCUCCUGAUGGAAAACCCCUUCAGUACUCUCUAAUGUGGGCUUUUUCUGGGUUACAAACGAAGGAAAGCACAUCUAGGACGGUCAAUUCACUUGGGCUUCCAAAACGAUCUCCAAAUUGCUAAACUCGAAUCUAAAACCAUGCAGCCAAAUUUUCCUGGUGGAUGUGUGUUGUAUUGCUGUGAGGUUUGUAAUUUUUGUACAAACAUCGGCGACUUUGUAUCGUGCGUUUCACAUGGGGUCCAAGUGUUUUCUUUGUCAUUGUAAUAUUGUACUUUUUAUACAGUGUUCGUGUUGAUUUUCUCUUCGUAUGUGCUGUUGCGCCAUUUUUCCGUCCUUUGGUUUUAAGGACUGCAGGCACAAAACACUUUAAAACUCUUCCACCGUCUGAAGGAAAAGCUUUCCGCGGUAAGAGAGUAUCAGCUAAUGAGAAGCUGCCUUUACCUGAGCCUCAUUUAUGCACUGACCAAUCGCUGACGGGCAGGAGGAGAGGAGGCGGAGUCAAAUCAGCUGAUGUUGUUCAUAUGGUAGCUAUCAGAAUAUCUGCCACCAGUUUAUGUGCUCCAGUCGUCCGUUUCAGGACAGGGGAUCGUUUUUAUUGGCAAGGCAAUAACAUGUUUAUGUUAUGCGACGUAUUUUGUUGUUUAUUUCAUGCUGUGCGACCUUCACGCUGAAGGUUAUCAUGUCUGUGGUUGUCCGUAAAUCCAGAGGUGUGUGUGUGUGUGUGUGUGUGUGUGUGUGUGUGUGUGUGUG